GAGAGAGAGAGAGGUAGAGAGCACAAUCAAGCUGCUUCUCUGGCCUGCCAUUCAUUAAGAGAGAGAGAGAGAGCAAGCUCUCCAUAAGCCCCUCGUCAAAGUCCUCUAAAUGAAGAACCCAUGCCCCAGCUCGAUAAGGAUAGUGUUUCAGGCCAAGACUUAUGCAAAGGUCUUAAGGGCCAUUGUCAAGGCCAAAACCAUGGUCUCAACAUUCAUCAAGCAAAGGAAGAAAAUGAAGAGAGAUGUUAGGGUCCACUCCAACUGGUCCAUUGUGGACACAAGUAGUGAAGAAAAGGCAGAGGAGGUUCAUGACAGUGGAAGAGAGAUGCUUGACUACGACCCAUCAUGGAGCUCGGUUUUCUUUGCCGGUCAUGAGCCCGAAAGUAAGCCGGAACAUAUACCGGGAAAUGAAUUUGCGGCUGCUUCAGAGGUAGAAGAAAUUGACAGGUUAGCUGAAAAGUUCAUAGCUACAUUUCAUGAGAAGUUCAGGCUUGAGAAGCAAGAGUCUUACAGGAGAUAUCAGGACAUGCUGGCUAGGAGCAUUUAGAAGGAUCAAUGGAUAUGAAGAAGCAGAAGAUAAUUUUUAUUAUGGUUCUUUUCUUUCACCUCUCUCUCU